UGAAACAUUAGUAAUUCUUCUGUUUCUCCAACCUUUCAGCUUCAUAGUUGUACCUUAUCCGCUAGUAAAUGCCCAAGACUAGAAUUCUUGAAGUUCAACACUGGCCAGCAGCUGGUGCAAUCAUGAGACUGAAGUUGUACGUGCUAAUUUUACUUAUUACUUGUGGAGAUUCUUUUGCUUCCUAUUUCCACCGUGCCUCUAAUGAGUUGCAGAUUACUGAGGAUGCCUAUGGAAAUUGGCUGCGAAAGAUGGGCUCUCUCAAUCAUUCUGUUUUCGAGGAAGUGAAGAAUCAAUUUACCCCUUGCAAGAAGAUUAAAGUGCAUAAAAAUCCAAGAUUGGGAGAUUAUACUACGGUGCAGAAGGCCAUCAAUGCCAUCCCAAUUAUCAAUAAUUGUCGAGUGAUCAUUUCUGUUAGUUCAGGGACUUACAAAGAGAAAAUUGAGAUUCCGGCGACUAUGGCUUAUGUUAGCCUGGAAGGAGCAGGUGCAGGCGAGACGAUCAUCCAGUGGAACGACACAGCAGAGGGGAAGGGACCAAAUGGGCAGCCACUGGGAACUUACGCCUCUGCGACAUUUGCCGUUAAUGCUCCCUAUUUCAUUGCAAAAGACAUCACCUUUAAGAAUAAAGCGCCCCCACCGCCAUCAGGGGCGCUAGGUAAACAGGCAGUAGCGCUCAGAAUUUCAGCUGACACGGCAGCUUUCAUAGGCUGCAGAUUCAUCGGAGCACAGGACACCCUUUAUGAUCACAAGGGCAGGCACUACUUCAGAGACUGCUACAUUCAAGGUUCUGUUGAUUUCAUAUUCGGGGACGGGCUCUCGCUCUAUGAGAGUUGUCAUCUUCGUGCUAAAACAAAGAGCUAUGGGGCCUUGACUGCCCAAAAACGAGAGAGUAUGCUGGAGGAAACUGGCUUCUCUUUCGUUAACUGCAAGGUGACAGGUUCAGGGGCACUCUACUUGGGGAGGGCCUGGGGGUCUUUCUCUAGAGUAGUCUUUGCUUAUACCUACAUGGAUAAGAUCAUCACCCCAAGAGGAUGGUACAACUGGGGAGACAAAAACAGGGAAAUGACUGUGUUUUAUGGGCAAUUCAAGUGUUCGGGACCCGGGGCAAAUUUCGGAGGAAGGGUCUCAUGGUCCAGAGAACUAACUCAACAAGAAGCUAAGCCGUUUAUUUCGCUGAGCUUCAUUGAUGGCCGCGAAUGGCUCGCGAAUUUGUGAUGAUUUUCAGUUUUCCAGCAGCUGACCACGUCGGCCCUUUGAGCAUAAGCAUUUGCUAGAGCAGAUAGCAAUGUGGAUCCAUCCUCAUUAAGCUUAACGCAGACCCCAAAUUUUUUACUAGAAAUGUUUGCCUCGUCUCUGUUGAGAUUUCUAGUGGACUAAGUUCACCAUUUUCUUUCCCCAAAAAAAAAAAAAAAAAGUAAA